UUCCAUCUUCCUCUUUCUCAUCAUCAUGCAGAGACAGCAACCCACCAACCGAGGAAAUUUGGGGCUGCUGCUCUCUGCAACUUGUAAAUCUCUAUUUCUUCUUGUUGUUGCAUAAAUUCCACUCUGGAUUUGUAUGUUAAAACCCUAAUGUUUUUAUUCUAGACCAGUCCUAAGACAUGACCAAACCAAAUCAUGGUGUCGUAGAUGGGCUGAGGCCCCAAAAGAUCAUCAUUGAUACAGAUCCAGGCAUUGAUGAUAGCAUAACUAUACUUAUGGCUUUUCAAUCACCUGGUUUGGAGGUUUUGGGCCUGACCACUGUUUUUGGUAAUGUUGCUACGAAAGAUGCCACUCGUAAUGCAUUGCAUCUGUGUGAGAUUGCAGGGUAUCCAGACUUGCCGGUCUCUGAGGGAAGUCCAGAGCCUCUGAAGGGAGGAGAGCCUCGUAUUGAUGAUUUUUUUCAUGGUUCUGAUGGAUUGGGGAAUACCUUCCCUCCUUCCCCAAAGGGAAAGAAGAUUGGCAAAAGCGCAUCUGAAUUUUUAGUUGAUAAGAUCACUGAACAUCCUGGUGAAGUAUCUAUUCUUGCAUUGGGACCAUUGACUAAUUUGGCAUUGGCUAUUAAGAGAGACUCAUCGGUUGCCAAAAAAGUAAAGAAGGUGGUUGUACUUGGUGGGGCUUUCUUUGCCACCGGGAAUGUGAAUCCUGCUGCUGAAGCCAAUAUUUAUGGUGAUCCAGAGGCGGCUGAUAUUGUAUUUACAUGCGGAGCAGAUAUUGUGAUUGUGGGCAUAAACAUCACCACCCAAGUUAUACUCACAGACUCGGACCUCUCUGAAUUGAGAGCAUCAAACGGGAAACAUGCUAAAUAUUUAAGCAAUAUGUGUCUGUUCUACAGAGAUUGGCACGUGAAAUCAGACGGGGUACAUGGGAUAUUCCUACAUGACCCAGUUUGCUUUGCCGCUCUAGUCCAACCUGAACUCUUCACAUUCAGGAAAGGAGUUGUGAGGGUUGAGACCCAAGGAAUCUGUGUAGGCCAUACCUUGAUGGACCAAGGAUUGAAGAAAUGGAAUUCGAGUAAUCCUUGGACAGACCAUGCACCGGUCUCAGUUGCGUGGACAGUAGAUGUGCCCAAAGUAACUCAAUUUGUUAAAGAGCUGCUGAUGAAGCCAUGACUCUGCCUUUGAUUGUAGGGGUCUCUUUCUUCAAAUGAUAGACAUCUCAUUCUUCGCUAUGGAAUCUCUGUUCAGUCCUGAACUCAGAUCUUUGCAGUGUGAAAAUGGUGGAACCAUAGAAAACAUAGGUGAAGUCUUGGGUCAGAUUGAUUCCAUUCACUUAUUCCUUGUAUCUUUCCUUUCAAGACCUAAAUGGGUAAUAAAUGUAAAAAAUUUGGUGUUUCUCAUUU